UCCACUUGAUGCUCAGAUAUAAGCAUCGAUGUCACGGACAGUGACACUGGAGGAGGGCCAAGGGACGGAGGGGAGGGGAGGGAGGUGAUUGAGGACCGCUGAGGAUCGGAGCAGUGAUGUCCCAAAAGCUGGUGCUCGUGCUUAUAUUAUAUGCGUCAUUAUCUGUGCUUGAGUACUUGUGUGUAAAACAAGUGGCGGUGAUGGCGAGAUUUGCUGUGGAAGGUAGAUUUCAAAUUUUGGAGCUGAAGCCAGUGAGCAUCGAUUGAUUCUGAGCAUUGAUGGUCAGUACGGGCCUGAAUCCCCGCUUUCGUAAAGACUGGUCAGCAAGACUUUGAUUCUCCAUUGCCCCAGCGGAAGAAAAGUAUAUUCGUGUUAGCUGCGUGGUGUGUAAUCAACUGAAACUGUCACCAGAUUUCAACUAAUUAUCUCAUGUCUGUGAUUCUUCGGAUCAAAUGGAAGACAUUUACAGCCCGAUUCGAGCUGUGGUAGAGGAGCAAGAGAGAGAGAGAGAGAAAGAGAGAGAGAGGGAGAUAGGCAGGAGGGAGCACAAAUUUCAGUGUUUUGAUUGGAUCCAUGACAUCUACCACCAGAGAGAUUGAAUAGAUCUUUCGAGAGGAUCGAAUGGAUUCGGUCAGAUUUCAACAGACGAUUUAUUGUGAUCGUGGCUAUGUAUCAUCGCUAGUCACAUCUCUUCUCAGAUUAGCUCAGAUGUGUCGGAGAUGUUCUGCAACGGGGUUGCACAUUGGUCCAGCCAGGGCCAGGGGUGGGGCAGACAGAAGAAGAAGAAGAAGAAGAAGAAGGCCGGCGAGAGUAGAGGAGGCCAAACGUGAAGCAGAUGCAUCAGCUCCUCGCAGACCUUCGCCUGGUCAAAUUUGAGGCCCCAGGUCCUGCAUGGUCGGUGUCUGGUCUUGACGCAGCGGUACUGCACAACCUUCCCGUCAAAUUCAGAUCCAGAUCUAGAGACGCUCCAAUCACGCGAGGAAUUCUCAUGAGCGAGGAAGAACGUGUCCGGGAAUGCUAGCCCCAGAAGGAAAAGAUUUGGUACGAAGGAAUAUAUCUCUAACAAGGAAUAUGUCUUCAUGAUAUCGUUGUACCGGUACUUUGGAACUUCGAGAGCUAUAAGAGUCAAUCAGAGAGUGCCAUAUCACUGGGUCGAUCUGCGACCUUUGUCAGCAGCAUCAGUUGCUCUCACGGAAAGCGCCUUCUGAAAAUAGAGUGUUUGAAGAUUCUCGCCAUUCAAUCGCAUAUGCUCCUCCUGUCCUACCUUGGUACUUGAAUCAUGGCGACCUUGGAUGUGUUGCACACCUUUGAUGCCUCGGGGUCAUGUAAUUGGUACAAAUGGAACCACGUAAAUGUGGUCGGUGUGAUCACCUCCUCACUUUCCAUCGAUGAUCUUCAUUUCUCCCCUCGAGUCAAAGUCAUCGUAGCAGUUGGAUUUAUGUUGAAAAUAAAGGUACUCUCCCCGGCAGUUAAAGAGUGCUGCGUACAGCUCCAGGUUUCCGGAUCCAGUCACCAAUGCACACAAGUUCAUGAAUCAUGUACAGAGACAGAGACAGAGAGAGUUGGAUCACGUCUGCAAAGCUGUAACCUACAGGCUACAAACUCCACCCUCAGCUUAAGUUUGCGACCAGGUUGGUGGAGGCUCGAGGGGAGCAAGUACGCCGUCAACUGAAGGUAUUGAGGAUUUGAUGAGAAAAGAAAGAUGGACUUGACAUGUGCAGCUAAGAAACAAAAUAUCUGGAAGGACGUAGAAACUUGAGGUGAGAAAGAAAUGCAGAAUAUGUGGAUAUGGAGUUUGGUGCAGUGUCGAAUUGGACAUCGGUGCACAAAAGCCAAGGCUUCAGGUUCCUCCACGUAUGGAUCAUUUCUUCCCCAUGCACAUGAACGGAUUGGGCAUGUGAACAUUCUUCUUUGGGAGACCUGUACUGUCAGAGAUUCAAAGGAGGUGUUCAAACUAUUGCAAA